GUUUGGCAACCGGCGAUUUCAGAGAAAAAGUGCCGACGACGAUUUCUUAGUUUGAAAAGUUAAACAAACUAUAUUUAAUAAACUCUGAAUCAGAAACUACGUUGUUUGCAAUUAAUUUUAUUUGAUAUUAUUUGAUCUGCAGCUCUUUCUUGGUAUAGAAUAAUCCAACAGAUAAAAUGCCAUCUUAUAAAGUGAAAGUAAAAUGGGGCAAAGAAAUGUUCAAUGAUGUUGAAGUCAAUACUGAUGAAGAACCAAUUGUAUUCAAAGCUCAGCUGUUCGCAAUCACAGGUGUUCCUCCUGAUCGCCAAAAAGUUAUGAUUAAAGGAACAACUGUAAAGGAUGAAUCUUGGAGUAAUUUAAAGUUAAAAGAGGGAAUGACCGUGCUUUUGAUGGGAACGAAAGAAGAAUUGCCCGAAGAGCCAGUAGUGAAGACUGUAUUCAUGGAAGAUAUGUCUGAUCAAGAAUUGGCUACUGCACUUGAACUUCCACCUGGACUUACAAACUUGGGGAAUUCAUGUUAUAUGAAUGCAACAAUACAGUGUCUGAAAACUGUGCCUGAAUUGAGAGAUGCUCUAAAAAAAUUUACUGGAAGUAUUACUUCUGGAAACACCAUUGUUCCAUCUCAAUCUAUUACAGCAGCUUUAAGGGAUUUAUUUUCUGCCAUGGAUACAUGUGGGACAGAUUUCCAACCCAUUAUACUUUUGCAAGUACUUCAUAUGGCAUUCCCUCGUUUUGCUGAAAAAAAUGACCAUGGGACCUUCAUGCAACAAGAUGCAAAUGAAUGCUGGACAGAAGUCAUGAGGAUGCUGCAACAGAAAUUAACACCUGUGCCAUAUCCAGAAGGCACAAGUGAUUCUUCAUCAGCACAGCAUACAAAUUUUAUUGACCAAUUUUUUGGUGGAAUUUUUGAUUCAACUUUAACAUGUAUUGAAUCAGAAGAAGAGCCUGAAACUCACCAGAAAGAAAACUUUCUUCAACUUAGUUGCUUUAUUUCAGCAGAUGUCAAAUUCAUGUUGACAGGCCUUAAACAAAAAAUGCAAGAAACAUUGACAAAAUAUUCGUCAGUAUUAGGCAGAGAUGCUCAAUUUAAAAAAACUAGUAAAAUUAGCAGAUUGCCUACUUAUUUAACUAUACAAAUGGUUAGAUUCUUUUUCAAAGAAAAAGAAUCUAUUAAUGCAAAGAUUUUAAAGGAUGUGAAAUUCUCUUUAGACUUAGAUAUGUUUGAAUUAUGUACUGAAGAAUUACAAGCUAAACUCACUCCCAUGAGAGAAAAGUUUAAAAUGCUUGAAGAUAAGAAAGUCGAAGAAGCCCAGAAGGCAAAACUAGUCCCUCAAGAGCCUCCUCAAAAAUCUGACAAGAAAAAGAAAACUUAUCCCUAUUGGUUUGAAGAUGAUAUUGGAUCUAAUAAUAGUGGCUAUUAUGAAUUGAAAGCUGUUUUGACACACAAAGGAAGGUCUAGUUCUAGUGGCCACUAUGUGGCUUGGAUAAGACGGAAACCAGAUGAAUGGUUUAAAUGUGAUGAUGAUGCAGUUUCCAUGGUAUCAUCAGAAGAAAUAUUAAAACUUUCUGGAGGAGGGGAUUGGCAUUGUGCCUAUUUACUGCUGUAUGGACCUCGAGUUUUAGAGAUUGAAGAGGAAGAUGAACCAAUGGCCACUUCAUGAGAGAUUAGAAUUUUAUUGAAUUGAUCUUUCCUGCAAAUAGUUGUAAAUGCCUUGAUCUGGACAUUUCGACACAAGUGGAAAUGUUUCAUCUGUAUUUAUCAUUCUUUUCAUUCAGAUUAAGAUCAAUGCUUGGUAUAAUAAUAAAAAUAAUAUAAAUGAAAUGUAAAAAUAAUACAAAAAGAUACAAACUUCUUUUUGUUCUUGAUGUUCUGUUGCCUCUGCUUUUGUAUACAUUUGAUAUGUUGUUAUAAAUACAUUUUGAGAUCAAAAA